AUCAGAACCAAAGAGACUAUAACGACAGUCUUGCUGAAUUCCCCGGGCCGGCUUCCUCUGCUUUAUAUCUUCAAAUCUCAUCCCUCUCAAUCCAAUACCACCGCUCUCUCUCACAUCUCAUAAUCCAUGGCCGACGAUGGUCCUCCUCUCUUCAGCACCAACGUCUCCGUCGUACUCAUCGCCGUGGGCUCCGCCGCCUUCGUCGUCACAAUGUACCAUCUACUUGCUGUUUGCUUCUGCGGCCACCAACUGACAGACCCUAACUCUGGCCAGCCGACUCCCCCCACCGGAGUAACUCCGCCGGCUUCGAGCAUCAUCGACGAGAGUUCGUUGGCGGAGCUAAUUCCGGCACACAAGUACGAGAAGAAGAUCGACGAUAAUGACUUGGAAGGUGCUCGCGAGGUGACCUGUGCGGUUUGCUUGGGAGAUUUCGAGGAAGGCGAAGAGGUGAGAACAUUGCCGGAGUGCUCGCACUCUUUUCAUGUUCCUUGCAUAGAUAUGUGGCUCUUCUCUCGCCUGAAUUGUCCCGUCUGCCGCGCCGAUGCCAAGCCGUCUCCGGUGGUUCUGAGCACCGUGUCGGAGUCCGUUCCCGGUGAAUCGAAUUCGAACGCGAAUGACCACCGGAUAGAUAUUGUGCAAAAUGCUUUGGUCCACAGUGUCAUGUUGCGACGGUGAAAUGUCAUCGCGUUUCUGCCGUAACGUCCCUUUGCCUUGCUUGCCCCACACACACGCACAGAUGAAUAGCAUAAAAACAUUUUUUUAAGAAAAUAAAAAAAUGCGUACAAUAAUAUUAUUAGAUAUAUAAUUUAAUAUCCAUUCACUAAAACUUGACUGUGCAUUAACUGAAUUCUUGAAAUUGGAAUGUGUUGAAAAUGCAUGAUGGGAAAAUAACAUUUACGUAGGGAGCCCUGCUAGACUGGAAAUUGUUUGAAUCU